AUGCGCCUCAUUGUGCUCUCCAAACCUUCCCUUUCCAAACCUUUCUCCUCCUUUCCCGACCUUCCCCUUCCCGCUUCCCCUCCUCCACGCCUUCCCAUUUUCCCCGGCCUUCUUUCCCAACCCCCUUUUCCUCCCCUCCACCCAUUUCCCCUCCUCUCCCUCCCUCCCUGCGCAGCAUCCUGUGCCACCUCAAGUUCAGCCAUUGCGUUUCUGUUGAAUGCACCAAGAUCCUCUCCUCUCUCCCAUUCCUCCCUUCCUUCUUUUUCCAAUUUGCUUUCCACAUUCUUCCAUCCCCCCUCUCACUGCCCUGAGCCUCGCCCCGCCUCUCCUCUCCCCAGUUCCAGCAUCCUAAUCCUGUGCUAUCUCAACUUCUCCUGGAAGAGCAUCAACGUGACGGCCUUUCUGUUCGGAACGGGCGUCACGGGGCUCAUCCUCUCAUUCAUCCUCAUGCUCGUGCACGCCGCCAACGUCGCCGGGGUCAAGCUUGACUCGCUCGGCUCGCAGCUCUUCGGAAGCUUCAUGAUGAUGAUGCUGCUGUUCGCCGCGUCGUGCGCGUCAGCGUCCUUCACGUCGCGCAUGUGCGGCUCCUACUCCACCAACUUCCUCCUCGGCUACAUUCAAGACAGCUGCACGCUUCUCAAGUGGGCCAACGCCAUGGGGUUCCUCGGAACAUUCACCUACAUGACAUCCUUCUGCCCACGUUUCUCCUCCCUGCGCGCGCCCCGUUCCGGUAAGCCCGUGCGGCAACCUCUCGCCACCCCGCGCACGCUCUUCUCGCCUCCCGCGCGGUAUCCCAUCGCAUCCCAGCGCGCGCUCCUCUUACCGCCCCGCUCGGCCUCCUCUCACCAUCACGCGCGUGCUCCUCUCGCCUCCCCUCGCAUGCUCCUCUCGCCUUCAAUGCUCGCGAAUCUCUUGCCUCCCCGCGCUGCCGCCUCUCACCUCCCCGCGCAGCCUCCUCUCGCCAUCCCUCGCGCGCCCCUCUCGCCUCCCCGUGCAGCCUCCUCCCGCCUCCCCGCGCGUGCUCCUCUCUUCUCACCUACUCGUUCUCCUCUCGCCUCCCCUCUCGCGCCCCUCAAGCCUCCCCGCGCGUGCUCCUCUCUCCUCACCUACUCGUUCUCCUCUCGCCUCCCCUCGCGCGCCCCUCAAGCCCCCCCGCGCGUGCUCCUCUCUCCUCACCUACUCGUUCUCCUCUCGCCUCCCCUCGCGCGCCCCUCAAGCCCCCCCGCGCGUGCUCCUCUCUCCUCACCUACUCGUUCUCCUCUCGCCUCCCCUCGCGCGCCCCUCAAGCCCCCCCGCGCGUGCUCCUCUCUCCUCACCUACUCGUUCUCCUCUCGCCUCCCCUCGCGCGCCCCUCAAGCCCCCCCGCGCGUGCUCCUCUUUCCUCACCUACUCGUUCUCCUCUCGCCUCCCCUCGCGCGCCCCUCAAUCCCCCCCGCGCGUGCUCCUCUCUCCUCACCUACUCGUUCUCCUCUCGCCUCCCCUCGCGCGCCCCUCAAGCCCCCCCGCGCGUGCUCCUCUCUCCUCACCUACUCGUUCUCCUCUCGCCUCCCCUCGCGCGCCCCUCAAGCCCCCCCGCGCGUGCUCCUCUCUCCUCACCUACUCGUUCUCCUCUCGCCUCCCCUCGCGCGCCCCUCAAGCCCCCCCGCGCGUGCUCCUCUCUCCUCACCUACUCGUUCUCCUCUCUCUUCACCACACAUGCCUCUCACGCCUCACCUUGCGUGCUCCUCACUCCUCACCCUGCGUGCUCCUCUCGCCUCCCCGCGCGUGCCCCUCUCUCCUCACCUCCAAUGCUCUUCGAUCGCCAACCUUGCGCGUGCCCCUCUCUCCUCACCCUGCGUGGGCUCCCCUCUCCUCACCUUGCGUGCUCCUCUAUCCUCACCUUGCGUGCUCCUCUAUCCUCACCUUGCGUGCUCCUCUAUCCUCACCUUGCGUGCUGCUCUAUCCUCACCUUGCGUGCUCCUCUAA